AAUGUAUCCACGUAAUGCUCAGAAAUCGGUCGUUUCAGAAAUCUGCGCUCUCGUUUUGAUAAAGUAAUUUCAGGUCAAGUGGUCGUCGCGAUGUGUUUAUUGCUCGGUGCAACUGGAGUUGGAAAAACGCUUUUACUGAAGCGACUACAGAAGUUGUGUCAGAUGGACUCACAUGCGGAUUUGGGUGAAGCGCCCGUCACGCUGCCCACGGUUGGAACCAACCUUACAGACCUCAUACUCCGGAGGAGGAAGAUAACAGUACGAGAGUUGGGAGGCUGUAUGGGGCCCAUUUGGCCAAAAUACUACUUAGACUGCACAUCUGUUAUAUUUGUGGUGGACUGUGCCAACAUUGUCCAGAUUUCGUCAUCUUGCGUCCAGCUGCUGUCUGUUCUCUCUGCGGAGCCACUGCACUCUGCUGCUGUACUCGUACUCUUCAACAAAAGUGAUCUUCCAUGCACCAUGUCUCUUGUGGAGCUGAAGUCAUUGUUCAGGAUGGAUGACAUCAUUAGAACUGCACCUCAGUCGAUCACAACACUAGAGAUCAGCGCCCGCUCCGGACAGGGCCUUCAGGAUGUGCUCAGCUGGCUGUUUUCAAACCGCUCUCAUGAUACUUGAUAGAAGUGGAUGCAGAACUGCAGAUCAUCAGACAAGCGUGAUGUGAAGAUACACUUGUGGUUUUCAGUCAUCUUAAUGCUCUGUGAGCACAAAUCAGUCCCACACCACAUGUUUGUGUAAAGAGCCAAACAAACUAACUUGAUUAAGAGCUCAAAGUACCAUAUGUUUAAGUAAAAGGCAAGCCAGAGGUGUAAAGCAUGAACCAUAAACAAACACAAACCAGACGUGUCAUUCAGUU